GGUGCCGGCGGCCCCCCGGGAGCGCCGCCAUGGCUGCGGACUCGGAGGUGCUGCACUUCCAGUUCGAGCAGCAGGGCGACGCGGUGCUGCAGAAGAUGAACCUCCUGCGGCAGCAGAACCUCUUCUGCGACGUCUCCAUCUACAUCAACGACACCGAGUUCCAGGGCCACAAGGUGAUCUUCGCCGCCUGCUCCACCUUCAUGCGCGACCAGUUCCUGCUCAACCAGUCGCGGCAGGUGCGCAUCACCAUCCUGCAGAGCGCCGAGGUGGGCAGGAAGCUGCUGCUCUCCUGCUACACCGGCGCGCUGGAGGUCAAGAAGAAGGAGCUCCUCAAGUACCUCACCGCCGCCAGCUAUCUCCAGAUGGUUCACAUCGUGGAGAAGUGCACCGAGGCGCUGUCGAAGUACUUGGAAAUCGACGCUUCCAUGGAGAACGGCAGCCAGGCUGCGGAGAGGUGCCAUUCUUCAGACACGGAGCUGAGACGUAGGGACGAUGUUUUGGAUAAAGAUUGCGAAAUAAUCGAGAUUUCAGAAGAUAGCCCGGCUAAUUUAGAAUUCUCCAUUAAAGAGGAAAAUGGGGAUGUCUCGCAGCCUGCAGCACAGAGCUUGGACUCGGAAAGAAAGGAAACAAAAACCCCAGAAAUAUCAACGGUUGAAAUAGGAUAUAAGGAUGACGAAAUUUGUAUCUUCAGGAUGGACUCUGUGAGUGUCCCUAGCGUAGAAAACGAUCACUUUCCUCAGCCUUGCACCUCCUCUAAAACAAACUUAUACUUUCCAGAAACUCAGCACUCCUUGAUAAAUUCUACGGUUGAAAGCAGAAAUACCGAAACGUCAGGAAAUCACUUCCAGGCUUUUGUCAAUGACAACCCAGAAGGGACUUCGAGUCUGAUGAAUGGGUUUCAAAGUCUGGAUGAUUCCGGUAAUUCAUGGCGGCACCAAUGUCCAAAGUGUCCGAGGGGAUUUCUGCAUCUUGAGAACUAUCUUAGGCAUCUAAAAAUGCACAAGCUCUUCUUGUGUUUGCAGUGUGGUAAAACGUUUACACAAAAAAAGAAUCUCAACAGACACAUCCGGGGGCACAUGGGUAUCCGCCCCUUCCAGUGCAUGGUGUGCUUGAAGACGUUUACUGCCAAAAGUACCCUCCAGGACCACUUGAAUAUACACAGCGGUGACAGGCCCUACAAGUGCCAUUGUUGUGACAUGGACUUCAAACACAAGUCUGCUCUUAAAAAACACUUAACGUCUGUUCACGGGAGGAGCAGCAGCGAAAAAACAAACCUGAGUGCUAUUACAAAAAUUAAAAUAGACUAUGAUGAAUAGAUGGAUGGCUGUGGAGCUGGGUUACACCAAAUGCUCCCACCUAGUGAAACUCCAGAUGUUUAACAGAUUCCCAGAUAAUGGAGAGAAGGACAGAUAUGUGACUGGUGAGCAAAGACAGGUCCUGAGAACAGCGAUCUUGCCUGUUGCAUUGAGGCUGCUAUCGCUGUAAGUGUUCAAAAUGCGUUUACUGGUUGAAAGUAAACCAUAAAAUACGGGAAAAUGUUUCAUGCCUCUAGUGUCCCUGAAGUAUCUAAUUUUUAUGCAGCUAAUCAUGUUUUGUGCUCCCUUGUUUCAUGGGUGGGCACUGCCAAUUUUCAAACUCUUACUGACAUUGCAAUAAGCUGAAGCCUGAGCUGUGACGCUCCUGAUCUAUAAUGGCUAAGGGAAGGAGAUGUUUGUACUUAUUCAGCGAGUCAGUCGCUCCCACCCUGUUCAUGUGUCGCUUAUGGUGAAAUCAUCUCCUUAACUUGACCAAACUUUGCUGGAUCUUUCACCAGAAGAAAGGUACAUUCUCAUACUCAAACCUGUGAUAUUUAAGAAAGAACACACAACAAACAAAAUCAAGGAAGCUUUCAAGUUGCCUUUUGCAAAUAGGGAGUUGGUAAAAUAGGGAAAAAAAGUAUUGCCUUGCAGUUCAUUUUUUUUUUUAAACUGGAUAGUCUCAUUAGACUGACAUGCAUUCAGUUUUAUGAAUGAGUUCUGAAUUGUUCUAAACUUUUGGUUGAUGAUUUUUUCUGUCAUACCAGUGUUUAGUGCCUGUAUUUGACUUACUAAGUUAGUCCUAUCUGCUGAGUUACAACAUAUGUCUUUUUUUCUUUUACAGAUCUUAGAUACAUAUACUAAUGUGAAAACUUAAACUGUAUGCUGUUACAUAACAACAUUUGCUAUGUUCAUUUUGAAAAACAAUUCUUUUAUAUCUUGAACAACAUAGACAUAGAAGUCUUAUAUACUCUGGUUCUGUGAUACAGUAGAACAGUAACUGCGUGUGUUUGGAUAGCUGUGUUUGUACUUUGUCAAAGGUCAUUUCAGUUUCAUCGUAAGUAUUGAAAGCUCUGUAAUGCAGAAUCUUUAUCCAGUACCUGUCUUUGACUGGUAUAUGUUUCUUUCAUUUAAUGUGAUAUGAAUAAAGAGUCAAUUCAGUUUCUAUUACAAGAUAAUGGUACUUACAUUAGAUUCUUUCCAAUUAGCAAAAAGCAGUAGUUCUUAAUCUUGUCUGUAUCACGGGUACACUUUCCUUCAAAUUUCAGAAGUGCUGCUGUGAAGUUCUUGAUGAGUCCAGAAGUGUGACACUUGUGCUCCAUAGCUUGGCUGUUUUGAAAAUAAAAAACAACGAUUUUUCAUGUCGAUUAACAAGUUUAACUUACUUUACUGUGACUGUACCAGUUGUUGUUUGGGGUUUUAGUUAUCAGUUAUGUGAGGGGUUGGGUGCAGUUUCCUGGUACUACCUGUAAUGGGAACAAUCAGCUAUGCCAGCGUUAGCAUUGUCAUCAUGUAUUAGAAGAUUGUCAUCAUGUAUUAGAAACUUUAAUUGAGGAGAUUUUAAGAACUUGCUUCACAAGGUGUUUUUUAAUCUCUUAAUUUGAUAUUAUUCACCACUUAAAGUACGUAUGAGUUGGAUUGUCAUAUUUGCAAGUCCCAGUUCAUAGUAGGCCUUAUGUGUGUGUAUGCCUUCCUCCAAUAUCAUGGAGUCAAAAUGGGCAAGUACUGUGUUCUGAAGCUGAGUGAGUCACCAGUGCGGUAUUCCUUCAAAAAUUCACAAAAAGUUUAACUUGUUUAAGUUUUCUUGUGAGUGAUUUGAUUGUAUUGAUCCAUUGGAAAGUCAAGUCACACGCAUGCUAAGUCUGCCUACCUGGGUGUCUGUAUGAGUAGAGACAAAAAAGAUGCACCCAAGGUAAGUAGCUGUGUAACUGGAUUAAAGUCACCUAUUUUAUCAAGUACUUUGAGCAUGAGGCCUCGCCUUCAAAAUCUGUGUUCUUACUUAACGUUAAAAGGUGAUCGUUGGUUUUAUUUUGGUGAUUUUUAUCUACAGUAAUUGUCAUGCUGAGAUUUGGAAGCCAUCUUGUUUACGGUGCAACUGCCUCACAUUUUGGGGAAAAAAAGCAUUUCUGAGCAAUGUCUUUUGUUUGCAUUCAUUAGACUGUCAUUGUCAGCCUUUUUGACCUUGUGAUUAAUAUUGAGUUUGCUUGUUUUUCACAGAAUGCCAUUAAUUUCUGGUUCUUAAUUGCAUCAAAAUUAUGAGCCUGACCUUGAAAAGCAUGCUAAUACCGUGCACUCACCCUUCCUGUAUUUACAGGUAUUAACUUGGGUAUAUGUACAGGUUUGUAUGUAGCUUUUCCUUUGUGUCUACAAUCUUAUUUUAAAUAAACUUCAUCA